AUGAAGGAAGAGCGAGAAGUCAGCUCAGGAAAUACUGAAGAUUGUUUACUUCCUUUGCACACUCAUCAGGAAAGCUACAGGAUGGUGUAUUCCACCAAACACGAUUUAGAAAAAAAUACACCUUCUUAUGCGAAGAUGCAGUUCAUGGACAAGAACGAAGGGCAACCAUGGGGCGACGGGGCGCGCUCGGGGCGCCGCCGAGGACUCCGGAGCGGGAGCUCCCGCACCCGCGCGCGCCCGGCGCCGCCCGCCCGGAGGCCGGGGCUGCUGCGGGCGGGCGGGGAGGCGGGGGAGGGCGCGGGGGAAGCGCGGGGAGUCGGCGCGCGCGAGCGCGGCGCGCGGGGGGAGGCGGCUGCGGAGCGCGCGGGGCGCAGGGCGCGGAGUGGCCGGCAGGAGACGGCGGCGCGUGAGGCGGCUCCGGCAGCAGCGCCCGCCUGCAUUUCCAGCGGGAGGCUGCGAGCGCAGUCCCGGCUCGCCGCAAGAUGCUCAAGGUGUCCGCCGUGCUGUGCGUGUGUGCAGCGGCUUGGUGCAGUCAGGCUGCGGCCGGGGGGCGUUCGGACGGCGGUAAUUUUCUGGAUGAUAAACAAUGGCUCACCACCAUCUCUCAGUAUGACAAGGAAGUCGGACAGUGGAACAAAUUCCGAGACGUGAGUGCUGCGCGCCCCCCUCACCCCACCGCCACGACCCCCGUCCCCGGGCACGGCUGGGGUGGGGGAGUGG